ACCGCCAUUGCAACGAAAACGUUUCAAUUCCACAAACGCACAAAAAUACCAAAAGCUAGGGUUUAAAUUUAACUCAUCAAUGGACUUCUCAAUUUUCGUUAGGGCACAAUGAAGCGUAAGAUUUCCGAUUCCAACCACAAAGAUCCGCUUCAAAUCCACAUUCCAUCGCAUCGUGGAGGUUUUCAUGGGAUUCGGAGCUCCGAUUCCCGAUUCCCCAUCGCAACGCCCCCAAGAACAACAGAUACCAGCUGCAAGAAAAGAGUCACAUUUACAGAUUCACAGGACGAUGAAAAUCAGAGACCCCCAAGAUGCGAAUUUGCUGAUAAUGCCAAGACUUCCGAGUACGCCUUCUUCAAGAAAUUGAAGGAAGGUGCAGGCCGUAAAGCGCAGUCUUGUUCUCUCCGUGAAGAGGCCGACCAAAGAAAGAAUUCCGAGUCCAGGGACUGUUCCAGAGAGAGGAUCAAUGUGGUCCGGAAUAAGAGAGAGGACACGAGGUCUUCAUUUCUCAACGAAAAUGCUACACCAGAACUAAAUAUCAAGAGAACUUGUGCAACCUUGGAGAACGCACAUAGGAGACAGAACAAUAUGGUGGAGGAAUAUGAAAAUUCCUUGAGAAGUAAAGAAACUCAAAACAGGCGUGCAGACGUUUUUGAUCGGAAGAGACAGAAACUACACCAGUGGGUGGCAGAGACCUCAUUUCCUGAAAUUGAUGAACACUGCUCAAAGGGGUACGAUUUUGUUUCUGUGCUCCUCAGUCGGCUGAUCCCCAAGUGCAAUGAGACCAAUGAAUUUAAGGAUCCAAAGCUUAGGCAACCGGGCACCAAUGACAAGUCUAUGACACUUCCAUCUUAUGAGUCAGAUAUUCACUUCAUGAAACUUCAUUCGACACCUGCUAGAAAGUUUAUGGAACUUGAAUUUAGCCCUUGUUUGCAUGAUUCUGAAUCAUCUUGCUGGUCAAAGAGAUCAAGAGAGAGGAUUUUAUGUUCCGAUUCUCCAACUAGUUAUGCUUACAAGAACCAUCUUCAGUACAGAGUAUGGGAACCUGACCAUGAAUUAUUAGAAGGUACUGCAAUUUCAUGCACUGAGAGUCAUUCACAUUCUCUUCUUCCAUUCGAAGAAUAUGGGUUGGUGACGUCUGGCCAUGCCAAAGAGACGGAUGUAUUCUGUCAGCCAAAUGAAUAUUUGGUCGACAGAGAGCUAUGUGUUCCUAUGCUGGGUUGGGAUUUUGACAGUACAGAAGAAGAUAGAAGCUUAUCUAACUUAUCAACAUAUAGAACUGAACACCAAUCCGCAUCCUUUGCCAGUUAUUACAACAAUGAAGUUGUAAGGCGUUGUCUUGAAGACAAAGGCGAUUUACAAUCAGGUUUCCAGCAAAUUCCGUUAACCUUGUCAUCAUGUAUACCGAACUUUAUUAAUCUAGCUGAAGACUGCAUUAAUGACACUGCAUAUGAAGUUGGAAGCACCACAUUAUCUCUCCAAAACGACCAUUGGUUUUCGAGCAAAAUUAUCAAUGAGGGGUACUAUCUUCCUAAUACCGAAUCUUUCCUUUCCUCUGGACUUGAUUCUGAUUUAGGAUGGAACUACCUUCCGUUAAGUGGUUCCUCGAGAGAGCAUGAUUCAUCAACUUGUCUAGCUCUACAAUUUCCUGAACAGGAAAACUUAUCUUCCCGCCUUCUUACUUACCAUGAUGAUAAGUACGAAAGAUGCUUAGAUGACUCAAGUCAUACAAGAAGUCUUACUCAUUUCGUUGAAGAUAAUGUUAAUGUCCAUGAAGACAGCUCAGCCUUUUGCCUCCAAAUUCCAUUGGACAGAGAGAAGACAUGGCCAUUGCUGCUUUAUAAGCCAAGCUGGGAUGAAAGUAACGAAAGAGAGACAAACUUUGCUGAUAGCGAUGUCAAUAUUCUUGAUAGUAAAGUAAGUUUUCGUCAAUGGCUACAUUACAAUGUAUGACAGCAGCGGUUAUGCUAGUUCAUGUUUUGGGGCACGGAUUUCUUUUAUCGCUGCAAGAUUGCAGCAUUAUAAACAGGUACAUGUUAUUGAUUCCAUGAGUCACACUUCUGCCUUUUCCGAAUCUUACGAAAUGAUCCAGCACCGUAGAUUAAAUGUAUUUUUCGUGUCGUAUACUGUGUAGAGAAUCAUUAGAGAUUAAGUGAUGGGCAAGUUACUUGAGCAGAGGGACUUAGCAACUUCACAUUGUUUCCACUUGAGAAAAUGUUAGAUUUGCAAGACUUUAGGCAGAGGCAAGUUGAUAUUGUUCUUCAAUGCAUGAGUAGGUAAACACAUCUCUCAGACAUGUAAGGUUCACGUGGGAGUCUCAACUCUCAUGUGGAACUCUUGUGUGAGUCCUACCACCAUUAGAGAUGUGGUAGGUAAAUUAAUAUGAAUCUGAUAUUGUAAUAUCAUCUUACUUUGAUGGCAUUAAGAAAAAAUCGUAUGAUUUAACGACUUGUUCUGAAUAUUGUUAAUCGUGUCUCUCCACUUAAGGUCAAUAUGUAAUACGUUAACAUACAUUGUUGUGAAUAUUGAGAAGAAUAGAUGCUCUGACUUCUCCUUCUAAUA